UUUAGCAGCUCACGUCUGUGUCGGGUUUGUAGUCGGGUGUAUAGUUUAUGGUGUUAAGUUUAGGUUUACAGUUAGAGUUACGUGCUUAUACAUGAUUGUCAUCCAACUAUUUUCCCCUCUGGUUUUGGGAAUAAUUUACCGUUAGGAUUGGGUUUAGGGGUUGGGAUUAUAGACCAUUUUGAGAGAUGUAAACAAUAACAAUACUCCUAAUGUAUUUCCUGUUUUAUAUGUUUAAUUUCCAUAGCUUCUGAAAAUCCAAAAGGGUCCACAUAUUGAUAAUGUUUUUAUGACAGCUGUGUUAACAUUUGUUAUGACUGAAUUGCCGAUUGUUACAGCUCUGAAAUAGUUUGAGGACAAGCAGGAACUGUUCAUGGACCAGCGAUAUUGCCAUUUUGAAAUGGUCUAUAGUAGGUACACUGUAAAAAUGUCAUAACAAAAAGUAAAAACAACAAAUAUUUUUAUGUUGUUUUAGCUUAUUUAAACACCUUAAUCAGGUUUCAGUUUACAUGUUCUCCCCGUGUUGGCGUGGGUGUCCUCUGGGUGCUCCGGUUUCUCUUACAGUUCAAACACAUGCGCUAUAGGAACCAGUGUGAGUGUGUAUGAGUGUUUCCCAGCACUGGGUUGCUACUGGAAAGGCAUUUGCUUUGUAAAACAUUUGCUGGAAUAGUUGGCAGUUCAUUCCUCUGUGGCGAACCCUGAUAAAUAAGGGACUAAGCUGAAGGAAAAUGAAUGAAUUAAUGAGAUGAGUAGAAAAGUUAAUUUGAUUCAACACAAAAGUUAUGUCAGCAAGAUUUUGUUCUACUGAGUAUGGAUUACAUUUUUGAACAAAUAUGACGUUCCAGGAUCAACAAAAUAAAAAUAAUUAAAAUUAUGUUAACCAGGAUCGCAUCCUAUGUGACAAAAUCCCAGCCACCUAUACAGAUGUUAUUGGUUGGAAACAGCAUCCUCCUCUUCUUCUCUUUCUUUUUCCUGCUGUCGGCUGCUCAGAGCAGUGAACUCAGAGUUCCACGCUGUGAGCUGGUAAAUGAGACGGUAUCGGUGGAAAAAGAGGGCUGUCCAAAAUGCCUGGUGUUCCAGACCACCAUCUGCAGCGGCCACUGCGUAACAAGGGAUCCCGUUUACAAGAGCCCGUUUUCCACCGUCCAUCAGACAGUGUGCACGUACCGGGACGUCCGCUACGAGACCAUUAACCUGCCCGACUGUCCUCCCGGUGUGGACCCGCAGAUCACGUACCCGGUGGCGCUAAGCUGCGACUGCAGUCUGUGCACCAUAAACACCUCCGACUGCACCAUCCAAAGCCUGCAGCCCGACUUCUGCAUGUCCCAGAGAGAGGAUUUCCCCGCAUACUAGACCUCUGACAACUUAAAUCAACCUACACAUACAGUGGAGGACAGAAUUAUUAGCCUUCCUGUAUAUGUUCUCCCCCAAUUUCGGUUUAAUAGUUUUAAUAAAUAAUCUAUAAUGACUAAUUUCUUUGAACUUUGCCAUCCUGACAGUACAUAAUAUUAUUUCUUAACAUACUAUUAAAAUAAAUAGGUUAAUUAUUGAGUCAUUGAAUAACAGUGGUUUGUUCUGGAGACAAUCCAAAACUAAUAUUGCUUAAGGAGGCUAGUAAUAUUGACCUUUCAAUGGUUUGAAAAAAGAAAAGCUGCUUUUAUUCUAGCUGAAAUAAAGCAAAUAAGAAAAAAUAUUAUUGGAAAUACUGUGAGAAAUUCCUUGCUCUGUUAAACAUCAUUUGGGAAGCCAAAGGAGGGCUAAUUAUUGUGACUUCAACUGUACAUCAAUAAAAGAGGCUGGUUCUUAAAUUGCUCAUGUGGAUUGUUUUGUGUGCAGUUUAAAGGUAGAGUUCGGCCAGAAAUUAUAUUUGUCAUCAUUUAAUCACCUUUAACUUGCUUGAAACCUGUUUGACUUUCUUCUGUUGAACACAAAAGAUACCUUAAUUUACAGGUAUGUUCAAGCGAAGAAAGAAACAAACCACUUCAGAGUGAGUAAAUAGUGAGUAGAGUUUCAAUUUUGGGUGAACUAUCCCUUUAAAAAGCUGCUACAGUGUUGUUUUAACCUAAAUGUGUUGCACAAUAUGGACAAAUCCAUCAGCUGUGUUUAAAGUAUCAUUCAUUCAAGCCCAAAUUCAAAAGAUUAACAUGUGUCAGUUUUAAGUUGAAACAACCCAGCAUUUUCUGAAGUGCAAUUGAUUGAGUUAUUGUUGGAAAUAAACCCCUAUAGAACCACAUAAGUAAAUUCA